CUCCCGAAGAAAAUACACUUAAAAACAGUUUUGUUUGCUAAAAACUUUAGAAAAAAAAAAUACACUUCUAACUUUGGUUUAGUUUUGUAUUAUUUCCUCACGGUUUAGCUCCGGCGAAGUAUGGUCGUAGUCUCCAACUUCCUCCUCCAUCAGAUAAUCCGUUAGAUGGAAGAAACCAAACGAAACUCCGAUCUCCUCCGCUCUCGUGUCUUCCUCUCAGGCUUCUAUUGCUGGGACUGGGAAUUUCUCACUGCUCUCUUGCUCUUUAGUUGCUGAAUCUUUCCUCCGAUUUUUCAUUUUCUCCAAUCUCCUUUCUGUCUAGAUUAUUUUUAGUGCAUCUUUUAUUAUUUUCUUUAGUUUUAAAAAAAUUCGCCGGUGAUGAUGGCGGCGCAAAGGUCGGUUCCGGCGCCGUUUUUAAGCAAAACUUACCAGCUGGUUGAUGAUCAGAGCACAGACGACGUCGUUUCAUGGAACGAAGAUGGAACAGCUUUUGUCGUGUGGAAAACAGCUGAGUUCGCUAAAGAUCUUCUUCCUCAGUACUUCAAACAUAACAACUUCUCAAGCUUCAUUCGUCAGCUCAACACUUACGGUUUCCGGAAAACAGUACCGGACAAGUGGGAGUUUGCUAACGACAACUUCCGGAGAGGACAAGAGGAACUGCUGUCGGAGAUACGGCGGCGCAAGUCGGUGAUCUCCGCGGCGGGGAAAUGCAUAGUCGUCGGUUCGCCGUCGGAGUCAAACUCGGCGGGCGAUGAUCACGGUUCUAGCUCCACGUCAUCGCCAGGGUCGAAGCACCCGGGGUCGGUGGAGAACAUGGUGGCUGACUUAUCCGGGGAGAACGAGAAGCUGAAAAGAGAGAACAGCAGUUUGAGCUCGGAGCUGGCGGCGGCGAAGAGGCAGCGCGACGAGCUCGUGGCGUUCUUGACCGAGCAGAUGAAAGUGGGACCGGAGCAGAUCGAACGGAUGAUCAAAGGAGGGAGGAAGUUCAAACCGGCGGUGGAGGAGGAAGAGAGCGACUGCGAAGGCUGCGGCGGAGACGGUGGAGCCGCCGUGGAGGAAGAGAAGGGGGUGGUAGGUGAAGGUUUGAAACUGUUUGGGGUUUGGGUGAAAGGAGAGAGAAAGAAGAGGGGCCGGGAUGAGAAGAAUUUCUUGGUGGGUGGGUCCCAUAUGACGGAGGUAAAGAACGUGGACUUUCACGCGCCGUUGUGGAAGAGCAGCAAAGUCUGCAACUGAUAAAGACUUCUAGAUACUUGUUCAUACAAACGUGUGACACGUCAUUGACGAAAGAAAAAAAGAGAAAGCUGAAGUUUUAAUGAUUUUUAAUAAUUUUCCGUAAGGAAGAUUAGUGUUUUAUUUUUAUGUUUAAAAUGGAUUUUUAUGUAAUAUGUACUUUAUUAGUGUAUUAAGUUUGAAAAAAAAUAAGACACGUUUCAGAUUUUUA